UGCCCGAUGCAGAGGAAAAAGGAGCCGAGGAGGCCUGUGCAGCCGGGAGUCUCUCCCCUCCCGGGGAGGGUGCGGCGGUGAGCUUCGGACCAAGGGCUGCCUAGUCUUGGGUGCUGAAUACUCCCGAGGGAAAUAGAUCUGCUGACCUGCCGUCCCAUGGCCCAUUAUCUACAUGCGCCUGAAGCAUUGGUCCGGGAUAUGAGCUGGACAACAGCAAAGGGUAACUUGUCCUGCAUUGUAUCAGUGGGAUCUAGAUCAGGCUUCAUAAGCAGCAUGCUUUGCACCCACCUUAAACCCAAGCCGGAGCAACACAGUGCUGUGUUGUGCAGUGGUGGUACGAGUAGUUGUACCUCAUCUUGUGCCAGCCCACUGUCAGGCUACUGAUUGUCUGAAUUUGCUUUCUCAACACUUCCUGGCUGCAGUAACUCACUAUGGCUCCUAAAGAUAUAAUGACUAAUUCUCAUGCCAAGUCCAUUCUCAAUGCAAUGAAUUCUCUUCGAAAAAGUAACACCCUCUGUGAUGUGACUUUGCGUGUGGAACAGAAAGACUUUCCAGCCCAUCGUAUUGUAUUAGCUGCUUGCAGUGACUACUUCUGUGCAAUGUUCACCAGUGAGCUUUCAGAGAAGGACAAACCCUAUGUGGAUAUCCAAGGUCUAACAGCCUCUACAAUGGAAAUUUUACUGGACUUUGUAUAUACAGAGACAGUUCAUGUGACAGUAGAAAAUGUUCAAGAGUUGCUCCCAGCAGCCUGUCUUCUUCAGCUGAAAGGGGUGAAGCAGGCAUGUUGUGAAUUCCUGGAAAGUCAGCUGGACCCUUCCAACUGUUUAGGGAUCCGAGAUUUCGCUGAAACACACAAUUGUGUUGAUUUAAUGCAGGCAGCAGACGUGUUCAGCCAGAAGCACUUCCCAGAUGUAGUUCAACAUGAAGAGUUCAUACUCUUAAGUCAAGAAGAAGUGGAGAAGCUCAUUAAAUGUGAUGAAAUUCAGGUGGAUUCUGAAGAGCCUGUCUUUGAGGCAGUCAUUAACUGGGUGAAGCAUUCGAAGAAGGAACGGGAAGCAUCCUUGCCAGAGCUUCUACAGUACGUGCGCAUGCCACUUCUCACCCCACGCUAUAUCACUGAUGUCAUAGAUACUGAGCCUUUUAUUCGAUGUAGUUUGCAGUGCAGAGACCUUGUUGAUGAGGCCAAGAAGUUUCAUUUAAGGCCUGAGCUUCGCAGCCAAAUGCAGGGUCCCAGAACCAGAGCACGUUUGGGUGCUAAUGAAGUUCUCUUAGUAAUUGGGGGCUUUGGAAGUCAGCAAUCACCUAUUGAUGUGGUGGAAAAAUAUGAUCCGAAGACACAAGAGUGGAGUUUCCUACCAAGCAUCACUCGUAAAAGACGCUAUGUUGCCACGGUAUCCUUGCAUGAUCGAAUAUACGUAAUAGGUGGUUAUGAUGGCCGUUCCCGUCUCAGCUCUGUGGAGUGCUUAGAUUAUACAUCGGAUGAAGACAGUAUCUGGUACUCUGUUGCUCCAAUGAACGUUAGAAGGGGUCUAGCUGGAGCCACCACUCUGGGAGACAUGAUCUAUGUUUCUGGAGGUUUUGAUGGAAGCCGGCGUCAUACAAGUAUGGAGAGAUAUGAUCCCAACAUUGAUCAAUGGAGUAUGUUAGGAGAUAUGCAGACAGCUCGAGAAGGCGCUGGAUUGGUUGUUGCUAACAAUGUUAUCUACUGUCUUGGAGGUUAUGAUGGUCUGAACAUCUUAAAUUCUGUGGAACGGUAUGAUCCCCAUACUGGGCACUGGACAAAUGUCACUCCAAUGGCCACCAAGCGCUCAGGAGCUGGAGUAGCCUUGUUGAAUGAUCAUAUUUAUGUUGUUGGAGGGUUUGAUGGAACAGCACAUCUUUCAUCUGUGGAAGCAUAUAACAUUCGUGCAGACUCCUGGACCACUGUAACAAGCAUGACAACCCCUCGCUGUUACGUGGGUGCAACAGUACUGAGAGGAAGGCUUUAUGCCAUAGCAGGGUAUGACGGUAAUUCACUGCUAAGCAGUAUUGAGUGCUACGACCCCAUCAUUGACAGUUGGGAAGUGGUGACGUCACUGGGGACCCAGCGAUGUGAUGCCGGUGUUUGUGUGCUGCGGGAGAAAUGAUGUCAGGAAAGACCUUGUCAGAGCACUUCUGUGGAGCAGAGACGCUAUCAAAGAAAGCACCAGCUAGUUUACAUCUUGUAGAUGUGGAUACAGUGACUACUGGCCCUGUGCUGCACACCCACAGGCUCAUCUGCAAAGCUACUAAUUCUAGUGGGGAAAACCCACACACACAACGCACUUUAUGCUGAUCAUGGAGGAAUUACACACUCAACUAGACUAUCCCAGGGAAAGUGAUAGGUCAGAGCAGCAAGGAUGCCUUUGCCUUCUGACCUGCUGAAUGGCUGAGGUUAAACAAAUUCAUCUCUGUCCUCUCCAAAGCAUCAGUCCAUGCAGGGAGUUGAGGGGGUGGGUUCACAAGUGGGCUGAAUGUUUUCAUGUACCAAACAUGCUGCAGUGUAGAGAUACUUUUAGUGGGCAGACUGUCCUUUCUGGAUGCUUGUUCAGGUUCUAUACACAAACUUGUACGCAAUGGUGGGAUAAAGAAUUGAAGACAAUGGUUGGUAUAAGGGGACUGACCACGUAUUUAAACACAGAGGAGGAAAUAAAGACCAGGCUCUGCUGUAAUAUUAAUCUACUGGGAAGAAUAUUACAUUUUACUUCUUCCACUUACUGGACCACUGACAUUUUCUGGAGAGAAGGAAUAUGUUUGACUACUUGUGAAUAAAAACCUGGGGACUAGUUUACCACUGCUUCUGAAUACAGAACAUAGUGUGAGCAGAGCAAUGAAGUAAUGUCUAGACCAGUGUGUCCUUGGGGGUUCUUGGAGACCUUAGCUACAAUAGAUGGGUGCCUAGGUUGUAGGGAAACUGCAGUGUAUGCUUUCUAAGGGAAUGUCUGUUCAGUCGACUUUGGAAGUGUAUUUGCAGUGCAGCCUGUCCCCACAAAUCACACCUCUUCUCAAACCCACACUAUCACCUGCUAAUCUGCACUGCAGAUAAGCAGUACAAUUUUGUGCAAAGUUACUCUAAGAUUUCAAUCCUGUUUGGAAUAACUACACUGGAUUGUAGUGGAGGUGAAGCCUGAUGCCCUGUACAGGUCUCUGUCCGCAUGCCUAGUAUGAACUCUGUCAGCGUAGCAUUCUCCUUUUUCAUCUGAUUUUUCACAAUGUUGUUUCUUGUACUCCUGUGGUGCUAAAGUAAGAACAUGGGAAGCUUGUGUGCACUUGGCAUACAGAUAUUUCCAACGUAGCUUCUCCUGCAGAGCGUCUCUCCAGAUCCAGUUGCAACAAGAAUUUAGAAUCCUUCUCGUCAGCAUGAACUGGACAUCCUUUAUUGUUUACUAGACAUCACUGUCUGCAGUAACAUCUAGGAUUCAGUUUCUUCUUGCUUCUCUUCUGGUGUAUAUUGCAGUCUUCAUUAGGUGUGGGAACACACAAAGAGACCUAUGUUGCUGAAAUGGACCCCUAAGCCUGUGGAUAAUGCAGCGCCAUCAUUUAUUUACAUGCCAUAAUGAUCAGCAUGACCCUGGAGCUCUCUUCCUGACCUACUGAGCCUCUUUCUGUGUUGCCUAUCAGAUAUCAAGGGGUGAAUGUAUUUAUUUUCUUGGGUGCUGUUGAUUCUUUGUUUUGGGGAUACAGUAGCAUGAGAUUAUUAUGCACUUUCAAACAACACUGAGUUUAUGAAUUCUGUCCUAUCACACCAGUGUUUGUGAUUAAUUUCUUACAUUUUUUUAAUAAAAGCGUCUCUGGUA